CAAAGUUACUUUGCGGAAAGAAGACGGUCUUGUGCGAAGUCACACUUGUGACCUGGAAUAGGAUUUGAUGUAAUCUCGCUUUGACAAAGCUCAAUCAUGGCAGAAGCGGAAGGCAUGGAAGAAUACGCGAGCCUGGAGUCUAUGAACAUCUACCAGGAUUUGUCCGCAUUCGUUCGCGGAACGCCGAAAGGGAAACGGAAACUGCCCCCCAAACCCAGUAUCACUGAGAAAGCGGAGGAUGGUGCACCUGCCCCAACCAAGGAAGUUGAGGAGAUUGUAACCCUUAGAAUUCACAUUCCUGCUUUAUCCAUCGUCACCACAAUGGAGUUCAAUGCCAGCCUACUGGUCUACGACGUGGUCUUGAUGAUAAAGUCCCAAGUGAAGGAGUUGUCCAAGAUGGAGACAUCCAAACAUUUUCAACUGUUCAUUGGAGCAGAAGAGUUCAAGGAUGGUAGAUGGCUGAGUCCGAAAAAGACUCUCAAACAGCUGCGCCUUUCGUCUGGUGUGUUGGUGGAGUUCAAGUCAGCGGUCCGUGACCAGAGGAUGAAGUUGAUGGACGGUCGUGUCAAUCGUUUCCCUAUCAACGAGUACUUUUCGGUGUCCGUACUUAUCAAGUCAUUCUGCAAGUGCAUUGGCGUGAAGAAUGCGUCGGACUAUGCUCUGUGUAUUGAUAUUGAGGAUGAUAAACUCAACUCACUUGACAGCAAGUUCACGACUUUCUGGCUGAACGACUCCCAGAAUCUGCGUGAGCAGAACAUCAGCACCGAGAAAGUUGUUGCGUUUCGUCGUCGAUUUUACAACGACAAUCGUAAUGUCUCCAAGGACGACAGAAAAGCCCUAAACAAAGUAUUUGGUGAGAUCAGUGAAGCUGUUAUCAGCGGUCGACUACCGGUUGCACAGAGCGAAGCUACCACUUGUGCAGCUGUCAUAGCCCAGAUCACACUUGGUGACCGAGGACUGAUUGGGAAGCUUGACUUCAAGCAGUUUCUUCCCAAGGACUUCCAGAAGAAUUCUGUUGAGAAAGAAGUGAUUGACCGCUACAAGCGGUUGCAAGGCCUGGACGAGAUGAUGGCCAAGUACCGAUUCUUCAUUGAAGCGAAGGGCCUGAAGCACUAUGGGUUCAAGUUCUUCAAGGUCACGGAACGCGAAGCGGGGAAAUCCAACAAGGAGAAGACCAUCUUCCUCGGAAUCAACCCUGAUGUCAUUGUCCGAGUGAAUAGUGCAACGAAAGAGAUGGUUAGCCGUUGGCCGCUGUCCAAGAUUCAUCGGUUCGCCGCUUCAUCUUCCGACAUCUCUCUGGAUUUUGGAGAUUGGGCACACAAGCUCUACAACAGCUACACACAGGAGGCUACUCAGAUCGCUAACCUCAUCAGCAGCUACUACAAGAACGUGCAAAAAUGUCGCUACGCGUUCGAAGACCUUAAAAACCUUACAGAGCUUUUCACAACACCCCUGGAUGAAGAACCACUUGAGCCGGAGCGUUCCAUGAUUCCCAAAGGACCGUUUGGCCCCAGUAGUGGCAAUGCGGACGAGAAGUCCAAGUCCAAGAGGAAAAGAAAAGAAGGAGAGGAGGAGGUUGAAGACGUUGUGAGAACACUGGCUGCACAGCUGUCCAACCUGGACGAGGUGCGGCGAGUUCCUUCUGAUGAAUUCAAUAUGCCGCCCGACGUAGAGAUGACUCGACAGGAAGUUGUGAGCCUGGCUGAUCUGCUUGCCGUCACAGUUGGUGACAUUUGCUGCUUCUUUGCCGCUCCUGAGUCCGUGCGUAACUACCCAGCUCUCAAGCAAAUGUCAAUGACAUUAGCUAUGCAGGUUCCCAAUUUGAUCACGCAGCUAAAGAUCCUGGCAAAGAAGGACCAGAUUGAGGGUAUGAAGGAGUCGCAGUUUGUUCCCCGUGCAGUGGCUGUGGCGGAAAGUGCCGUUCCCUUCCUGAAGGCACAAGAGCCCGGAUCCAAAGUCAACUUCAUUGACUUGAACCGCCGAGCGAAGAGUUUUAUCGAAGCUCUAUUUGGCUGCAAGCAGGAAGCUGAGAACAAUACUGACAGUGCAGUGAUCGUCUACAAGUUGACCAUUACCCAGGCUGCGAAGUCAGUCAACCUCGCUAUCCUUCACCUUCUCGUGUGCAUCAAGAACCUGUGUAAACAAUGCCAGUGCGGGCCCCAGCAGGAGGACGUUAUUGAGUGCGCAUCACACGUGGUGGAGGUGGCCGCUCAGCUUUAUCUUCUUGCCCCUGCGUUGGGAGUUUUUGAAAACGAGGAGAUCACGGCGUUCAUCCUAUCACUCAGUGACAACAUCUGUGCGGCCAUGAACCAAGCAGGUGGCAGCUGCUCAGAGUACCUGCCUCCGGAUGCCUUGACUGACCUCAUUUUUGCUCAGGAGAAAGUGGAGAAGGCCUUGAAUUGGCACAAUGAGUUGAUUGAAGGUGGCCGAAAUGCAGCCAAUCCUAUCCGUGUCACUGCCAAGCUGAUCAACGAAGAGUGCUCAGAACUCAUCACCUCACCAAGCUCAGUCGUCACACAGGGGCGCCCACUUAUUGGGCAUCUAGAAUCCCUUCUGGAGACAUUGACUGAAGAAGACGAUGAGGACCAUCCUCUAUUCGCUGAUGCCAUAACUGAGCUGGAGGAGGUCACACCCAAGGUCACGGAGUGUUCCGCUGAACUCCUGCAGGACCUAAGCAACAGUCAUUUGGAGAAGCUGUUCGUCCAGCAGUUGAUCUUCAUACAGAUGACCAUGUCUCACAUCCUGCAUCAAAUCUGAGUUCAGAAUAUUCAGAUCACGACGUUAUCAAGGAUGGAGGCGAUGCUGAUGAUGGUACCGACACUGCUACGUGGUCACAGUGCACAGUACACGUAUACUUGAGUAGAGGUUCAGAACCGUGCGCAAUGUACUGCAGCUGCACUCACUGGCCUUAGUCCAGUGCUCCCGCUGCUAACAAUGCAGCGUGUACUUUGCACACAUUGUGACAUAUCGCUUGCAGCUAUCUCACACAUGCUUGCAAGUGACCCAGUGACCUGCGGGGUUGUAUCAAAAGUGUACAUAUUAGAACUAUAGUUGCUUCUGCUGAAUUUACUGGUGCUGCUUGCGCUAUUUUACCCCCCUUUUUUCCUUUUGCACCGCUCAUGUUGCUUAUCCCAGCCACUCACAGAUUAAAUCUGAGCUUUGAAUUUUGGAGCACCCUAUAUACAUGUAAAUCAUCCAUCUGUACAAAAUCCUUUUUUCUCCUGGCAAAUCCGCUUCCUCUUGCAACGCCGUUGGAGAAUGUUUUUUAGAUGACCAUUCUAUUUAUUGCUUUCUGGACAUGUUUUAUCCAUGUGGCAGGCAGUGUUCAAAGUCAGCUGAUAUUCAGUGGCUGGUUUGGACUGCUGUCGGCACUUGCUGCUAUUCCCCACCCUUAAGUUGUCCCCCCUGGACCUCUGCCUGUACAUUCUGUGCCGUAUAUUGUACAUUGUUGCUGUCUCCUAUUACAAGAAGCUUGUCUUCUUUAGCGCGUAUCCCUUUUGUUAUUACUCCUGCCAGUAGCCCAAUGGUCUCCGAUGACAUUAACACUAACAGAUGUCGAGUCCUGACACGGAUUCAAGUGUUAUCACUCUGUGCUAGGUGUCUUUCGAUGUUCAACAACAACAACACCUCUUAUUGAUUAGCGAUGGUGCCAGCGUGAGAAUAAAGAAUUCAGAAAAUCUCUUAUUGGCCACCGGCCAUCGUGAGAAUAA